GCGGCAGGACGGCAGGAGCCGCCAGUUUUGGCGUGCACGCCUGUCCUUGCACCUGCUCGGUCAGCCUCAUCCAGCCACACCAUGGUGGACGCCUUCGUAGGCACCUGGAAGCUGGUUGACAGCAAGAAUUUCGAUGACUACUUGAAGUCACUUGGUGUGGGUUUUGCCACCAGGCAGGUGGCCAGCAUGACCAAGCCCACCACCAUCAUUGAGAAGAACGGGGACAAAAUCACCAUAAAGACACAGAGCACCUUCAAGAACACGGAGAUCAGCUUUAAGCUGGGGGAGGAGUUCGAUGAGACGACAGCAGAUGACAGGAAGGUCAAGUCUAUUGUCACGCUGGAUGGGGGCAAACUCAUCCACUUGCAGAAGUGGGACGGGCAAGAGACGACGCUCGUGCGGGAGCUGAGUGACGGGAAACUCAUCCUGACACUCACCCACGGCAGUGCCGUCUGCACCCGCACCUACGAGAGAGAAGCGUGAGCGGCUCACACCGUCACCGACUGCUCCUCUGCCAACGGGCUGCACCUCGCCUCAGCCUGCACUGCCUCAGUCUCCUCCGGUGUCUUUUACAACCACCCAGGAUGGGGACCUCCGGGGGUCUGGCAGCACCAGCCCAGACUCGGCUCCGUCCCCAUGUGUGUGUGGUUUAACUUCACCCAAAGGGUGCUCUGAGGUCAAUAAAGAGACAAAGCCACGCCACUGCCUUUGCCUUUGCCGACAUGACUCUGGCUGGGAGUCUGUUCCCGUGUAUCAGACUGUGUGGACUGAAAUGACACCCUAAAGGUCACUCAGAAAGAGGCACUGGAGACUAGACAGCCUCCGGGACUGCUAGUCAGUGGGUCGCCUUACACGUUCAAUAAUAAAAUAGCUGUACCUGCGCCUCACCUGCACUGCCCCUCCCCAUGGCCCCGAGAACCAGUCCUGCCGAUGGCAGGGCAUCCUCCAGGCUCAGCUACUGAGCUGCCUUCCCCCAGCCUGCCCCGAACGCUUCUGGUCUGGCUCUCCUCGGCACAGCGCUGCGGCCUGUCCCUUCCAGAACGCGGGCUCGUGUCGUGGUGGUAGGAGAAAAUGACACUGGGCAAGAUGACUGCUGAGCCCCUGCCUCUGCACCCUGCCGGCAUGCAGGCUACAGGUUUUGACUGUACCAGCUCUGGGGAAGAGUCACCUGAUCACAACGGAAGGGAGAGCUUCCACUGAUCUCCCAAGGAGGCUGUGGCCUGCUGUGUCUCUGGCUUUGUACCUCAGCUGGGCCUCUCUCCAAGGUCUAAAGUAACAUAUUAAAUGUUUUUCUGUCAACAAAUGCAGGCUCAGUGACUUUAAGUCUGUAAGUUACACAGGAACAAAGAUUAUAGGAAUAGGAACUUCAAGUGAAUUUGAAACCAAACACACAUCCAUUUAGUCCCAAGAAUUUAAGCAGAGACCGGAAGUGGAGCUAACCCUCCCACGGUAGCAGGCAGCACGUGGAGCAGUGGUCCUGACUUCAGCUGUCUGGUGCAGGGGUCUGUGAAAUGUCACACCCGAGCUAGUCCACGCCGCAGGUCAUCCUCCCCGGGCAGUGGUCACUGGCCAUCACUUCUAGCAUAGUGGAGCCAUGUUGGGGGAGUGGGAGAAGCGGGCACAGUGUUCUUCCUGCUGCCGGGCUCUCCGUGCCCACGUUACAUGGAGCAGAGAUCACGGCCAAUCCGCCCAAGACAGACGAACAGGCAGGGGCCAACCACUGUGUUCGCCAUGACAACGGCUGCAGCUGUGCAGCAGUACCUGGGGUCCCUGGAGAGGAACUCCGUUCUGGCAGUGACAGCUGGAGAAACAGGACUUCUGCUGGAGGCGGGAAGUUGGGUGAAUGAAUAAGGGGGUGGCAGGGGCCACUAGGAAAGGGACUAGGAGAAAACAACUCAACUCAGGCAGCCACUCCAGCCCUGACUCCCAAAGCUGCCUUAGGGG